CUUGUUGAUUGUGUGUACUGAAAUUUGAGACUUUUUCUUUUUCUUUUUUUUGGUGCAUGUUUCCUGUACUAAUUAUCAUGUUUGGCCAUUCUCUUAUGAGAUUUGAUACUUUUAGUUUUGCUCAUAUAUUUUGAUGAUAGAGUUUUCUUAAUUCUUACAAUAACAAAUUUUUAUUUGGAUUACGCCCUAUGAUAUAUACUCAUUAUGUCCAUGAAAAUUAUAGUGUUUUUUGGGAGCAAUGAGUUUAAUAAAUUAUCACAAUUAAGAUGUGUAUAAAGUGGGGGAAAGAGUCUUAUUAUUAUUAUUAUUAUUAUUAUUAUUAUUAUUAUUAUUAUUAUUAUUAUUAUUAUUAUUAUUAUUUUGAGGAAAUGUCCCAUUAAAAUUGAGUUGUGAAAGAGAUCUACUAUAUUUGAUGGGUUAAGUAAUUGGCUUUUUUUAUAAAUACUAAUAGAGAUGACGUGUAUUGAAGAUAAAUUAUUUUAAUAAAUAAUUUUUUAUGAAUAUAAUCAUGUCAUUUUUUAGUACUUCAUCUGUCCUCCAAUAUUUAUGCAACGUUUUUUUAUACAUCUUCGAAAUUUAUGCACCAUAUUUUUUGACACUAUCUAGUUCACACAUAAUUUUCAUUUACACCAUCUACUCACAAUUUACUUAACAGUAUACUUCAUGUUCGACCUUUAUUUAAUAUCACUUUUGGCAUAGAUUUUCAAGCUAUAAAUAUUUGCUGGUGAGGAUCAGUAAUUUGCGUUUAGUGUUUACAUUUUCAUAUCUCGGUAUAUGGAUCCAGCCAUGCAUGAAUAUUCUUCACACCUUUUAAGUCAAAAUGAUACUUUGUAAACAUAAAUAUAUAACUACUAAAGUUAUAAAUUUAAUGAGUACAAGUAUAGUUCGGUUAACAGUCACUUUUUAUAUAAAAAAUAAAGGUUAUAAGUGAUUUGUGUCUCUAAAUUUUGUUUUCUCUUAAAAAUUCUUUAAAUAUUUAGCGUUUUUCCUAAAAUAUUUUGAUAUAAAAUUUGAUGAUGAAAAGAUGAUUCAUCUCAUCAGAGUCUAACAUGAACUGUUUUUUGGACAUUUUUUUUUCCAACUUAAACAUCUACUGAUAUCGUUUUGAUGCUUUAAAAAAAACACUCAUUUAUCUCUAUUUUUAGAAUUUCAUCAAUGUCAACUUCUAAAUAUGUAAUUAUCUUCCUCCCAAUUCUCGGCUUAUUUGGAGAGGAGGAUUUUGUGGUGAUUAACUAUGACCAAAGAUAGAGAGAUUGUUUAUUAUUUUAUUUUUCCACACGUUGAAGUGUUAUGUGAAAACGGGAAAAGAAAGAAUGUACAAUUUUCUUGUCGUAUAGAAAUUUCUAUGUAUCCAAUUUAUAAAGGUGUCAUAUUUAUAUAUUUUAAUACGUUUACCAAAUUGUUAAAAUAUUAACUAAAUAUUAUAUUUACAAUUUUUUAUAUUAAUACUACCCACCAAAUCAUUCGCGAGUUAACUAGUCAAAGUAUUUUAAAAAAGUGGAAAAGCAAACCAAAUCUAGAAUGAAAGGCUGUAAAAUCUUGAGCUUGCAUCACUCAUCCAAUUCUACUGCUUUGCUAUCUCUCUCACUCAAUUUCUCUCUUUCUCUCUCCAAGUUAUCAGCACAAACAAUGGAAGGAGAAGCUGCUGCCGCCGUCCUUCAAACUCUAGUUCAAAACCUCAUCGACCUUUGCAAGAAAGAGAUCUCUCAGAUCCGAGAUCUCGACAAAAAUACAGCAAAGCUAGCUGGGAAUCUCGACAUGAUCAAAAAUUUCUUGAAGGAUGCCGAGACGCGUAACAUCACCAACGAUGCUGUCAAGAGCUGGCUGAAGAGGCUUGAAGACGUGGCGUUCGACGCUGACAAUGUUUUGGAUGAAAUCAACUAUAAUAUUCUCUCCAAACAAAUCAAGCCCACUGAGCCCGAGGAGGAAGAGGUACCAUCAUGCUUCUCACGCCUCUCAUGCUUCUCAUGCUGCAAGAAUCUUUCACGUUCUCGAAAUAUGGCUCUUACAAUCAAAGAAAUCAAUGAGAAUUUGGAAUCCAUUAACAAAGAGGCCGCCAACCUUGGCCUCGUAGAGAAGCUUGCCAAUGAGCCCACUUUGGUUAUUGCUUCUUCGGAAACUGAUUCAUUCAGUGAUGAUCCAGUUUUUAUUGGAAGAGAUGGUGUUAAGUUGGAAAUAGUUGAGAUGCUUACCAAUAGCAUCACAAAUGAUGAACGCAAAGUUUCCAUUAUUUCCAUUGUCGGGAUGGGGGGACUGGGGAAGACGACAUUGACUAGGAAAGUCUUCAAUCAUCUUAAGGAUGAGACUCGGUUUGGAUCACAUAUUUGGGUGCAUGUUUCCCCAAAUUUUGAUGCAAUAACUCUUUUGAAGAAAAUUCUCAAAGAGUUGACCGAUCAAGUUGAAGGUGAGAGUAAGCAAGAUAUUCUUUCAAAGCUUCAACAAGCUUUGAAAGAUAAAACUUAUCUUCUUGUAUUUGAUGAUGUAUGGAAUGAAGAUCUUUCUAUAUGGGAAGAUUUUAUGAAAUCCUUGUUGGGAGUUAGUUGUGUCAAGGGAAAUGCCAUUGUUGUUACAACCAGAAGUACGAAGGUUGCUUCAAUUGUGAAUCCACUCCAUACACAUGAGUUGGAAGGUUUAUCAAAGGAGGAUUGUUGGUCGAUAAUCAAAGUUAAAACCUUUGGAGAAGGAAACGUUCCAUCAGAAUUUGAGGCCAUUGGGAGAAAGAUAGCAAGAAGGUGUCAAGGUUUGCCAUUGGCUGCCAAUGUAGUUGGGGGAAUACUGAGCAAUCAAUCCGAGGAAGAAUGGCGUUCAAUCGAGGAGAAAUGGCUUUCAGCCGAUGAAGGAGGAGAUAAUAUCUCAAAAAUAUUGAGAUUGAGCUUUGAUAAUUUGUCUUUGCCAUCACUUAAGAAGUGCUUUGCCUACUGUGCGAUGUUUCCUAAAGGCUCCAAGAUAAGCAAACGGAAACUGAUUGAGAUGUGGAUGGCAGAAGGUUUUCUUCAAGCUGAUGAAAGGGAUGACAUGGAGUCCGUGGGCGAAAAAUUUAUCAACGUACUUCUGCGUAACUCUUUAUUGCAAGUUUCAAAGAGAGCUCAUGACGGAAAUGUAAAAAAGUGUGGCAUGCAUGAUCUUGUGCACGAUCUCGCUUGUUCUGUUUCAAGUUCCUCUAACAGUACACGUGGUAUCAGCCGAGAUCGAUACAACUGUGGCAUCUCAAAAGAAAUGGCAAAAAAUUUGCGUACAUUAUUAUUCGAAGGUUAUAUUUCUAAUAUCAACUUCUCAGACUUGGAAAGUUUGCAUGUUUUACGUCUUGAAUGUUAUCGAGUUGAAGAGCUGCCAAGUUCGAUUAAAAAGUUGAUACAUUUGAGAGAUUUUGACAUUUCAAAGACAAGAAUUGAAGUUUUUCCGGAUUGGAUUGGUGAAUUCUUUCACUUGCAGACGUUGAGGAUACGCUCACCAGCUCUUCCGGAAAGAAGGAGAGAACUGCCAAGUACGAUUAAGUACUUGAUUAACUUGAGGCAUCUUUAUAUUAAUGAGUGGGUAGAGUUGCCUAUGGGAAUUGGUAGAUUAACUUCUCUCCAAACGCUAAAGUACUUUCCAGUGAGCGAUGAGGAUGGCUCUGCAAAAUUGAAGAGCUCGGAAGUUUGAAUAAUCUUAAAGGAGAGUUACGGAUUCGCAAUCUCGAAAGGGUUCAUGACAAGGAAGAGGCUGGGAAAGCCAAUUUAUUCAAAAAGUCAAAAAUAUUGAAGUUGUGUUUGACAUGGAAUAGAAGCAGAAGAGAAGGUGAAAGAAAUGAUGAGGAUGUAUUGGAAGGCCUCCAGCCUCACUCAGAUCUGAGGGAGUUAGUGAUUGAUGAAUUCAAUGGAAAAAGAUUUCCAUUAUGGAGUCAGAAGAUGUCAGUUCGAGAUGCGCCUCAAGGCUCUUGGGUGCUACUUAACAAGUUGAUGUCGUUAUCACUCAUUCGCUGCAAAGAAUGUGAAGAAAUCCCAAUGUUGGGGCACUUGCCCAAUCUCAAGUCCCUUGUGUUGAUAGGAUGGGACAAUUUGAAGUGUAUAAAUUCAUCAUUCUACGGAAUGGUGAACAAGGACACGCGCAUUGUUUUUCCAGCACUCGAGACCUUCGAAUUGUAUCGCAUGCCUAAGCUGGCAGAGUGGGCAGAAAUAGAAAUUUCGGAUGGAAGUGAAGUGAAGCUAUUUCCUCGCCUCCAACAUUUGAAAAUUGAGUAUUGCUACCAAUUGAUGAGUGUUCCAAGUCAUGUCUCGUCAUGCCUUCAACAAUUGGAGAUUUAUAAGAUCGGUGUGGAAUGUCUGCCAGCUGAUUGGAUAUUCAGUAAUAGCGAGACUCUCUCGAAGUUGUAUAUAGAGGACUGCCCGGAUUUGAGAGAAAUAUCAGAUAGGUGGGGAGAAGAAGAAUCAGAAGGAAGAAGCUUCACAAUCACAUCCCUCCCUAUAUUCCCUCGUCUAACAUAUUUGCUAAUUGAAGGCGUUCCUAACUUAAGUUUGGAGACUGUGGAUGCAAUGCGGCGCCUCCAAAUUGAUGGAAUCAAAUACAUUGAGCCGUGACGUUUGAUUCUGAGGAAAGUGAAGAGGUCUAGUGAAGAAGGAAUAAGUGAGUAUCCCAUUUUCUCCAUGAUGACUUAAGUUGCUCAACCUCUUUUCAUAAUUUUUCUGUAAUUCCAUAUAUAUUCUUUCUUUAAACUUUAGUUGAUAGGAUUAUUAUGUCGAUGGUUGAAGACGAUGCAUGUUUGGAUACCAAUUUGUUUCACAAUUCAUAUGAUUCUCGAAGACUCAAACUUUAUUGAAACGAUGAAAUCGAAAGAGUCUUUUUCGGGGAAAGAGCUAAUAUGAAGUUUAGUUUAAUCCCUUGGAUCUUGGCUAAAGUGAGUUCUGUAUAGUUGAUUUGUUGUCUACAUUUCAGGUGGAUUUGGAGGGGCAUUUUUUGUAACUAUCAAGCUCUUAUUGAGCCAUUUUGAGCUUUGUUAUAGAUUUUCUAAUAGAAUCAAAUAAAUUUCAAAAUGACAUGAGGAUAUAUGAGAUCCAUUAAUAUAAUUUGUGUAGGACUAAAUGUCUAUCUCUCAAGCAUGUGUCUAUUGUUCUGUUUAUGGUUUGUUUUUAUGAUUUUUUCUUCAAAAGCUAUUAAUUUGAUAUCAUUAUAUCCAACACUACAGAGUCCAGCAUUAUUGCAGGUUGUUUAUUGUUAGUUACGUCCCAUCAAACUUGAACUAUCUGUUAUUGUUUAAACCUCCAUGGCAGUAAUAGGGUAGCUUUUGAAGAGCUUGGAGGCGAGGUAGCCUCAACUAGAGGCACCAACGAGCUUGCUCGUGGGGACGAACGACGACAGUGUAGUUGUUGACUGUGAAGAGAAGGAUGAUGACAAAAAUUCAGACAACGAUGUUGAAGAUGAAGAUAGUGAAACAGAGGAUUCAACAACUGUGGAAGUUGAACUCAAUCCCAAAAACAAGGGAAAAGAAAUGUAUGAGAAGAAAAACUCAAAUUUCUGAAUGUCAAUACUCAGUUCGACUCGAUUUGAUCACACCGUUGUUUAAUUAAAAUUCGAGCAUGAUUCUAUAAUGAAUGAAUUAAAUUUGAGCA